AUGUAUAGCGGCACGGGUGUGGCAGGAAGAACUCGGUCUAGACAAGGAAACGCUGGAAAACCAUACUUUGAGGAUGAUAAUAACCACAGGAAACAGCAUGAGGCUGAGGAAAUUACGUCUCGAGACGACUGGUGCUCUAUCGAUACUGUAUCCGACGACGACGAGGACGUGAUUUUGAUCGAAAGCGCUAUACAAGAUGAUGACAAUAAGGAGGACAUAGGACGAACUCAGCCCAGACAAGCACGUGAGGAUUGUGAUGAAACUGCAAGCGAUAUUGGCUCUUCUGAUGUUGGUGGUAGUGACCAUAAUGGCUUUACUAGAAGCCGAUGUAUUGCCAGAAGAACUCGGUCUCAUUUCCGUGCUUCUAAAUUUAGAAACACUAAAUCGGGGACCUUCAGCAAUCCCAUUAACAUCGACGAUGAGGAAAAGGAGAAUGAAACAACAAAUGACAUCCCCAUCCGUCAGGAGUCUCUCCAUGGUGAGGAAGUGAUGCCUCUUGAGAACUCCGCUUCCUCAAGUGAUGAGGAAGUAAAUCCAAAAGUGAUGAGGAAGCGAAAUCCAAAAGUUACGCCUAACCGGAGAAGAAAACAGUUUGAUGGUUUCAAGAUUCUUCCGGAUCAUCCCCACAGUAAGGGAGUGGCGCCUCUUGAAAAACCCGCUUCCUCAAGUGACGAGGAAGGAAUUUCAGAAGUCAUGAGGAUGCGAAGUCCAGGAGUUACUAAUAACGAGAGAAGAAAACAGUUUGAUGGUUUCGAGAUUCUUCCGGAUCAUCCCCUUAGUGAGGGAGUGGUGCCUCUUGAAAACCCCGCUUCCUCAAGCGAUGAGGAAGGAAAUCCAGAAGUUAUGAGGAAGCGAAGUCCAGAGGUUACCCCUAAUCGGAGAAGAAAACAGUUUGAUGGUUUCGAGAUUCUUCCGAAUCAUCCCCAUAGCGAGGGAGUGGCGCCUCUUGAGAACCCCGCUUCCUCCAGUGAUGAGGAAGGAAAUCCAGAAGUUAUGAGGAAGCGAAGUCCUGAAGUUACCCCUAACCAGAGAAGAAAACAGCUUGAUGGUUUCGAGAUUCUUCCGGAUCAUCCCCAUAGCGAGGGAGUGGCGCCUCUUGAAAACCCCGCUUCCUUAAGUGAUGAGGAAGGAAAUCCAGAAGUUAUGAGGAAGCGACUUAAAGUGUCCCGGCCAGUGUCUGAUGAUGAAUUAGCUAAACUAUGGGCUGAGUCGGACAAGGGUCUCUAUGAUUGUGAGGAUAACGACGGAACUCCAGAAGAUAGUAAACUAGAGAAAUCAGAGCCCGAGGAAGAAGAUAGUGAACUGCGUGUUCCUAGUGCUUGUGAUGAUGAGGCAGGAAUUCCAGAAGAGAUCAAGCCAUGUCCAUCAUCAAAGUCUACUUCCGGGACUGAGGCGUCGCAGCCUCUUGAGAAAUUAGAGGCGGAGGAAAAAUCUUUUCUAUGGGCUGAGAUGGAGGAUGGUCUAGCUUGUGAAGAAGUUACUCCUGAUCAGGUUGACAAUGAGCAUUGUGAUGACUCACGUGCGGAAGGUGAAGAUAGUGUAGCUGCUCGUUGUCAGCGAGGGGAUCAUGUUCCUAUAAUGAACGAUGAGAUUGGGAUAGUGUGUAAAUAUUGCUCACAUCUGAUUCGGGACAUCAAAGAUUGUGACCCUGAGUUUGGCAAAAAUCCAUCGGGAAAAUCAGGUGGGAGAUACUCUUAUCGUUCGGAGGAUUCUAACGACUCUUUCUCUGUUGAUACUGAGCAUGAAAAUUCUGUUUGUGAUGGUAAAUGUUCCGGAUUUGUUACUUAUGCUCCUCCCACCGGAACUGUGUGGGAUAUAAUUCCAAGAGCGAAGUGGAGGAUGUACGAUCAUCAGGUGGAAGCUUUUGAAUUUCUUUGGACGAACUUAGCUGGUGGGACAGUUCUGGACGAGUUGGAAGAUCAGUUAGAUUUUGCCAGUGGAAAUGGCUGCAUUAUAUCACAUGCUCCUGGCACUGGCAAAACUUUUCUUACCAUUGUCUUUCUCAGGGCUUUCAUGAGGAGGUAUCCAAAUUGCAGACCCAUGAUCAUAGCUCCAACCAAUAUUCUCCACACAUGGGAGAAAGAGUUGAAGAAGUGGGAACUAGGUGAUCCCGUUCCCUUUCAUAACUUGAACAGGCCUGAUCUUUCCGGGGAGGAGACUAAAACUGCCAUGACCCGUCUUCGGAGGUACGGUGGUCGUGCACGUGCACACAAUAAUCAAAAUGCUAUCCGAGGGACAAAGAUUUUUUCCUGGAAAGAGUCUUCAAGCAUAUUAGGAAUUAGCUAUACAUUGUUUGAUAGGCUUGCUAGAAAGGGCUCCGAUACUGUAAAGAAUGCCCUUUUUGAACUUCCAGGGUUACUAGUGCUUGAUGAAGGUCACACCCCUCGGAAUGAAAGGAGUCUCAUGUGGGAAGCAUUGUCAAAAGUAAAGACAAAGAGACGGAUCUUACUCUCUGGUACUCCCUUUCAGAAUAACUUUAAGGAGCUUAAUAAUACACUCCGGUUGGCCAAGCCAAGGUUGGCAGAAACCAAAAGGAAUUUGGAAUAUCUGCUAAAAUCAUAUGACAGAGUGGAGAGUAACAGUGAAAGAAGGGAGAUAGUUGCUAAUAUCAGAGACUUGAUCAAACCAUUCGUGCAUGUGCACAAGGGUACCGUCCUACAAGAGCGUCUUCCUGGGUUGAUGGAAUCUGUGGUUAAUUUAAUGCCAUCUCAGACACAGAUGUCAACUUUUGAGAACAUUCGGCGGUUAAGGGAGGGCAGGGAGGGGUCCUCUAACUGGUUCAAAUUUGAAUAUCUGAUGUCUGUAGCUUCUGUGCAUCCUUCACUUUUUGUCAAUGAGCUUACCAACUUGCCAGAAAGAGAAAGGGUUGAAUUGAAUUCGGGGUUAGAAGGACUAGAAUCGUCGCCAGAGUGUGGAGCCAAAACAAGGUUUGUAAUGGACUUCGUCCAGCAAAUUGUGCGCAUGAAGGAAAAAGUUCUGAUUUUUAGUCAAUAUAUUGUUCCAUUGACCUUUCUGGCAAACCACAUCAAAUCGUGCUUUGAUUGGAAUGAAGGAGAGCAGAUGAUGGUAGUUCACGGGAAGACCCAUGAAGGGACGCGACAGGCUUCAAUUGAUGCAUUCAAUGAUCCAAGCAGCAAAGCAAGGGUAAUGCUGGCAUCAACCAAGGCUUGUUAUGAAGGGAUCAAUCUGGUUGGAGCUUCAAGGGUUAUUUUACUGGACACCUUAUGGAACCCUUCAGCAGAAAGGCAGGCUGUGUCUCGUGCUUAUCGGAUUGGACAGAAGAAAGUUGUGUACACUUACCGUCUCAUAACCGCAGGGACAUGGGAUGAACAGAAACUUUAUAUUCAAGCUCAGAAGGAUCAAUUGUCUGAGUCGGUGUUUUUUGUUUCCGACGAAGAUGACCGUUGCCAAAAUAUGUCGCCCGGUGGUUUUGAAGAUAAACUUUUGGAAAAGAUGGGACGUAAAUUUGGAAUAAAAAUCACUAAAAGGGGAGUUACAAUUUUGCUUGAAAGUGAAAAGUAA